CGUAACUUGUUUUACAUGUAAGCUCAUUCAUUUGCUAUUCUAAUAAGGUGAAAUGGGCUUAAAUAAGAGUUCAAUACCUGCGUAUUUAUUCAGCAGUUGAGGAUUAUUCUCAUGUAUUGUUAUGUUGGUUUCUAGUAGUUGUUAUUUGAUACAAUUACAUUAGAUAUACAAAAUUAGUUUACAUUGAGUGUUGAGUCGAAAUUCGUCGCGAUCAUUUAAGCUGGUGUAGGUAUCUGUCUAGUCAAUUAACAAACAAGUUAAAUAGCUUUACAACGUGAUUAGAGAUGUGUAUAACAUGUUUUAGAUUUUUGUUCAUUGCACAUACAUUAGGAUAAAUAAGGACAAAUAAUAACGAUGUACGUACUGUGUUCAAUGAGGAUAAAUAAGGACAAAUAAUAACGAUGUACGUACUGUGUUCAAUGAGGAUAAAUAAGGACAAAUAAUAACGAUGUACGUACUGUGUUCAAUGAGGAUAAAUAAGGACAAAUAAUAACGAUGUACGUACUGUGUUCAAUGAGGAUAAAUAAGGACAAAUAAUAACGAUGUACGUACUGUGUUCAAGGAUAUGAUUGUUAGAUAUGAAACGUUAAUGAAACGUGCAUCGAUGUGAAACGCCCACAUUAUUCUCCAUUAUUAUGUUAGUGUAAUAUAGAGACUUUUCUAUGGACGGCGCUUCGAAAGUUCAAACAAGGCAAAAUGAUUUACCACGACCGGUUUUGAAUUUAGUUUAUUGAUUCAUGUACACGAACUUGCGCGUAUUUAGCUAACGUACCGUUUAAUUUAAUUUGUGAUAAAAGUAUUGUGCGUGCUGGUAUAUGGAAAGAGGAUUUUGUGUUAUUGUCGCAAGGUUAAUGACUGGAUUUCAAUAAUCAAUUCGUCGCAAAACGAAAAUAUCGGAAUAAACUAUAAUCUUCUGUUCGGCAUAAGUGGUGUGCUAGUUUUACAAAUUGCAAAGGCAAAAUUUGGAUGUUAUUUAUAACGCAACAUUUGUAUAUAUCGUACACAGGGAAUUUGCAAGCAAAUGAGGCCUUGGCAAUUUUCUCAUAACAACGUUUAACACACGUCAUGGCUAAUGGAAUAAAGUUAAACGGUAUUCACGAGGACGUGUUUCAUUCUACGGAACCCCCAAACGGCUUGAAACCAGUUUAUGCAGUCAGUCGCAGCCAGUAUGGCGAAAGGAAAAUACGACGAGUCAGUGACAAGGAGUAUUACAGGGACGUUGCAAUCGGCAAGGCCCCCGACACGUUCCCUUGCGGUCACGUGCUAUGCCACAGCUGUAUACGCAAACACAUGACGCCGUCCCUCAAUGAGAAGCUGUGUUGUCCUAUAUGCGGCAAAGAGGCGCCCCGAAUGUACACCGCCGAUCCUGGUGACUCGCUGGGUUACAACGUGGAUGACGUGGACAAUAUUACGCUUCUGUCUAACUUUGAUUCAAUGACUAAGAAAUUUAACGGUUUGAAGUACUCCAUUCGACGGCUGCACAGUGAGUCGGUGCAAAGUCGGAGUUUGGCUAUGACAUUUACGAACUGCGGGUGCCACUUGUGUCAUGAAAACCACGGAACUCUGCAGGUGCUACAGGAGUUCAAUCAACUGCAGGUGACGCAUAAUCGACCCAAACUGCCACCGACGCAUUUUUACAGACUCUGUCAAGGUGACGUCGUAACCUCUUUCCACAGUGUCGUAAACUCCUGUUGCAUUUGCGUCCCAUGCACAUACAAGGAAUUACGACAAAGCGAACACUUUCCCACGUUAAGACUGCUUUCCGACGACGAGGCUACACACAAUCCGAAGGCCGUCUUGGCAGAGGUUGGUAAAAUCAUCGCCAAGAAUACAGCCCCGCUGGAGUCCCUACACGGAAAAAACGUCAUCGAAAUAGACCAUAAAAUACGUCUGCAAGAGCAGGCGGACGAGUUUGUGUUCAAAGAGACCACUGACAGGAUUAAGCGAAUGGUAACGGAGCAGGAGCAGAACUUGAUCAAACUGGCCUCGUAUCGGAUCCAAGACAAAGGCGGACUGUAUCAUAUCAAGGGAAGCAACUCGAUCGAGCAGAAUCUGAACGAGAGUAUCGUGUGGUAGCCCUUUGAUAUAGUAUUAGUGUUCGAAGCAUUUUUGUUUUCAAAACAAUAAAUAUGUCGACAAUA